AUGAAUCCAAGGCCGCCCAAAAAGGAGGAUCCCAAGCCCGCCGGAUCGGGCGCCAGCGGCAGUGCCAGCAGCGAGAGGCCUCUCAAAAAGGAGGAUCCCAAGCCCUCUGGAUCGGGUACCAACAGCACCAGCAGCGCCAGCAGCGCGCCUGGCGCGGGCGCGUCCGGCAGCAGCACUGGGCACCCUCACCUCCGGGAGCUCUACGACACCUCGUCGCGGCAAAUGCACACGCAGAUGGAGCGCCUGUCGAAGAUCUACCGGAAUGUGCAACUGUCCUACACCUUCCUCACGAUUGGUGGGGGAGCAUUAGCCCUGGGCAUCGGCUAUGUGAUCAUCAACUGGACGAUGCUGCGCUCCCAAGCGGCGCAAGAAAGUGCGGAGGUGGUGUCGCAGACCAUGCAGAACGCUCAAGUGCAGUUCAGCGCUCGAGAGUUUUCCAAGGAGCUGCUGAACCAGCUCUUCAAUGACGAUGAGAUCGCCACAACUGUUGCCUCCUGGACCUUGCGUUUGCUGACCUCGAUCCAACAAGAGAUUGGUGCCUUAUUCGUCCACAUUCUGCAGCAGCAGCAGGUGGUCGACGAGGUGAACCGCCUGGCUGAUAAGCUGGUGGCGUACCUUUGCGAGAGCCAGACCAUCCAGGCGAGUCACGUGGGUGCGACCGUGGACGACCAGUGCAAGCGGUUGUUGACGGAGGUUGGUCAGAACUCAGAACUGACCAUACCGGUCCACUGUAGGAGCUCGUUAGAAUUUUGCAAGCCCUUUGCUGGUCCUGGACCUUCAGCCUCAAGGAAUGGACCCAAAGCUUUCCCACGAAUCCGCCGGCGCCCCAGCCGUUUUGGCGCCGUCUCAGAGACUCCAACCGCCUGCCCUGCCCGUGUCCACUGCGCCCGGGUGUGCAAAGUUCGCGCCCCGAUGUCCGAUCUCAUGGGGCGGCCGUUGCUGCCAGAGCCGGCGGGCUCCGGGGGAAGUGGGUGGCCACAGCGACCAGCGAAGGUGGCCGAGGUCUUUGCUGUGGCGCUGCUUUUGGCGUCCACGGCACAGCUCCUGGCCUUCUCCACAGGGCUUCAAGGAGUGCCCUUGCUAAAAGAGGAUGCACCAAAAGGUGGGGGGAGCUUGAAGGACCUGCUGCUCCAUUGGUUGGAUGCCUACUACGUGGCACUCCUGCCGGCGGCUCCGUACCUGACUUACCUUGGCACCUUUCUUUUCGUGUUCAUCUUCUUGAUGUCAGCUGUCAACAAAGUGAAGAACUUCUCCGGCACUGUGAAGAUGGUAGAGGGCAUGGGCGUUCCGUGCCCCACUGUGAGCACCAUUGCUUGCAUCCUGGACAUUUUUUUGGGCAGCAUUUUGUACCUUACAGGUGUACCUGUCCUCAUGGAAUGGGGUGCUGAAUUCCUACUGAUCUUCUUGCUCUUGGCAAGUUACUAUGGACACUUCAAGCCCUGGAUGCAAACCAAGGAGGAAUUCCACACCGAGAUGCUGUUGAAGAACUUGGCGCUCAUGGGACAAUGUUUCUUGACCAUCGGCUUCGAGGUCCCGGAGAUCGGCAAGGACGGGACGCCUCUGGGGCUGAAUGGAGCUCUGGGCGAGUUCGGAGAGGUUUGCGGGAAGAUCUAUGGUGUCCUGAAGCCCUACUCCUACAUUUUCAAGUACUGCGGGAUCUUGAUGUCGCUCAACACUUCUUGUUGUUUCUUGUACACACACUCAAUACCGGGUUGGCUCAGCCCACAAGUACAGGUGCGACAUGGCCGAUGCGACAAGUUCAUCCGCGGGGUGUAGCCGUUGAACACAAGAAUACUGCUGUGGCCGAAAAGCCAGCAGUUCAAGCAUAUGGAUAGGCCAAGCUGUGUUCAGGACGAACUGAUGAGAAGACUGCUUAUAUACUACCAGCUUUGAGCACCGUCUGCAGAGGUUUGUGUUGAUCUUCCUCUUUGCCGGAAUGAAACACCUCAUUGACUUCAAGGGAACGGCUGCUUGGGACAAGGGCAGGAGGUUCCUGACGGGUCAGAGAGCCUCACUUGGAUCAGUGGUAUCGAUCCGCAUGCGGAUCAGAGCUGACCCCCUUCAUGUGCAUGCUGCAUCAUGCAGAUAUGUUUUCUUAGGGAUGAACUUCAAUUCAAGUUGGAGUGACAGGCAUUUUCUAUUCGUUUCAGCAAGAAAGGCGGUGAUACCAUCCACAGCUCCCCGACGAACUGGGCAAGGAGGGAUCCUUCCAAGUGGACUAGCAGCCACACCCAGCAUGAGCAAGCGGCAAGACCAUGUCUAUCAUUUUGUAGCCCAGAAGCCAUCACCUGAUUCUUGACCAAGCAUCUGGCAUCUGAACUCAAGCUGGAACAGCUGCAGAUUACCAUGUGGGCCCUCGAAACAACUAGACAAAUGACCUUGUUGGUUCCUCAAUCUGGACAUUUUCAUCAACGGCUCCAUGCCUGUUUGCGGCUUGCAGAUUUCUUUCUUGGAGUGAGACUCGGGACCUGUAUGACAUCAGCAGUUCGAAACGUCACUGAGCCAUGCUACAUAUGACGAAAAACAAAACAAACAAACAUGCAGACCACGGUUGUUAAAUGGUUGCUACAAGAUGCUACAAGCGUAUCUCAGUAGCCUGACUUUCCCACAAGGGAUGAAGCUCUCGCAGUGGCUCAGGUGGAGAUGAACAAGCAUCUUGGCAUUCCGCUGCCGACCAUCUCUGCCCUCAUGGCUGUCCUCUUGCUCUUGAGCGCUGGGGAAGGGGAGGUUGCACACUAGUGAUGGUCGUUCAAAUGGAUUCGACUCCAAGCAACUCACCGGACCAGGUGAUAACAACUACCAUUCGUAGUCCCAUUUGCCAAAGGGCGUUGAAUGCGACUUUAUGUUUGAAACCCAUCCAUACCAACCAUAGAGUGCUGAGGGCAACAUGACGGAGAUUCCUAGGCAUCCGUAAUCCGCAGUCGAUCUUUUUUGAGCAAAUCCUAGAUACUGGUAUAUAUAUAUGGUCACCCCCCCCACGACCCCC